CAACUACACCUACCGUACAUAACUCUGGAAGCAGCGGAAGCAACAAAAAUCAGCAACCAUGGGCGUCAGCGAGAAAAUCAAGGAAAUUGAGGAGGAGAUGCGGAGGACUCAAAAGAACAAAGCAACAGAAUACCAUCUUGGGCUGCUAAAAGGCAAGCUCGCGCGCCUCCGUGCGCAGCUAUUAGAACCAGCGCCAGGAGCAGGAGCAGGAGCAGGUACCGGUUUCGACGUAUCUAAAUCCGGCGAUGCCCGGAUCGCCCUCGUCGGCUUUCCAUCGGUCGGGAAAUCCACGCUCUUGUCCAAAAUCACAAAGACCAAGUCCGAGGUAGCGGCCUACUCCUUCACGACUCUCACCGCUAUCCCCGGCGUGCUCGAGUACGGCGGCGCCGAGAUACAGAUCCUGGAUCUUCCUGGAAUUAUCGAGGGCGCGGCGGAAGGCAAGGGGAGGGGGAGACAGGUCAUCUCGGCUGCGAAGACUAGUGAUCUGAUAAUGAUGGUGCUGGACGCUACGAAGAAGGCGGAACAGAGGGCGCUGCUGGAGAGGGAGUUAGAGGCGGUGGGUAUUAGGUUGAAUAGGGAGCCACCGAAUAUUUACCUCAAGGCGAAGAAGGCAGGUGGGAUGAAGUUGAGUUUUAUGAGCACGCCCAAGUAUUUGGAUGAGAAGAUGAUAUAUAACAUUUUGAGGGACUACAAAAUGCUCAAUUGCGAGGUGUUAAUUCGAGAUGAGAAUGCAACUGUCGACGAUUUCAUAGAUGUAAUCAUGGCCCCUCACCGCCGCUACAUAAAAUGCCUCUACGUCUAUAACAAAAUAGAUUGCAUAAGCAUGCAAUUCCUCGACCAACUCGCGCACGAGGACCACACCGUCGUCAUGUCCUGUGAACUGGACCUGGGCAUCACCGACGUUGUGGACCGCGCCUGGCAGGAGCUGAACCUAAUGCGCAUCUACACAAAGCGCAGGGGUGUGCAGCCCAACUUCUCCGAAGCCCUGAUCGUGCGGCAGGGCGCGACAGUGGAGGACGUCUGUGAUCAGGUGCAUCGCAGUCUCAAGGAGAGCUUCAAGUACGCACUUGUAUGGGGCGCUAGCGCUCGGCAUGUGCCGCAAAGGGUUGGGUUGGGACAUGUAGUUGCUGAUGAGGAUGUUAUCUCUAUUGUUACGAAGUGA